ACACACACUCACACACACACACACUCACACACACACACACAGCAUUGACGUGCUGGAAGGAAGCGCACCGGCUGUUGGCUGCAAGUGAGUGAGCACAGGAACAGCAUCUCACGCACCACACCGCCUCGAUUGGCGCCCCGAGUACGCGCCUCUCGUUCGGAGUACCACAGCAACAGCUCGCGACCAGCCGGCAGACAUUCGGCCAUGAAGUUGACGGCGAAGAUUGCCGUCCUCUUUGGCGGGCUUUUCGCCCUUGCUUCACACACCAUCGCCAGCACCCCCUGCGAUCCAAGCAGCGAUUGCUGCCUCACCGGUUUCGCCCAAGUCACUGUUGAGGACUUUGGCCUGACAACCAUCAGCGCACAGUCCGAGGGAAAUUGCUCACAGGCACAGGGUGUGGUCACCAUCCUGUGCGUCCGUGACGCCGUCACAGGCAGCUGCCCUCACCCUCUCUACGAUGUCUCGCUGGCCCACGCCUCACUGACAAUCGUGGCCCCAGACGGCAGAGCUCAGAAUGCCACAUGCGUGAGCGGUCCUUGCGAUGGGCACCCAGUUAACGUGACUGGCGUCUAUCGCUUCGCUGACCCUGCCGGCUGGCACUACUACGAGGGGUCAGAAUACCUCUUCAAGGACACAAGCGUGGACUUUGACGAGGCGCGCGCAUUCUGCCAGAGCCUCGGUGCCGACCUUCCUGUGGUCGACACACGUCAAGAGAACGAAUUCAUCGAUUCACUCACGCGGGAUCUCACAGAGUCCGUGUGGCUCGGUGCACACCUGCUACAGGACCCCUUGCGGGUGACCUGGGUUGAUGGCAGCGAAGGCAUCGCUUUCGAAAACGACACGUUCUACGACGAUUGCACCUUCGGCGUUGACUGCCUCUUCCAGAAGAACGAGCCAAACAACUUCAACGGCGAAGAGUUUUGUCUGAGCCAGGGGCAUCCCACAAAGCCGGGACAAUCAUCUGGUUGGAACGAUGCUGACUGCUCCGUGCGCAAGUCUAUCGUCUGCGAACGCAAAAUCUUGUGCUCCUCCAGGCUUGGCCUUGACGCCAUGCUGCAAACGGAUUGCGUGCUGCCCGUGCCAUCGGGCGACCAGUGCAAUGCGCGGUGCGAGGCCGGCUUCGAGCCCCAGAACCCAGUCCUGAUCACCUGCAGCAACGAGGGCAUCCUUGUGGGUGGGCCAACCUGCGAGCCGGUGGACUGCGGUCCUGUUGUCACCACGUUACCAGCAAACGCCACGGCAGACUGCUCCAGCUUGAUUGACACCCGCUACAAGGGACAGGCUUGUGAGGCGCAAUGCGAUGUGGGGUUCGAACUACAAGGCGACCCGACGUUUACGUGUGGCACAGACGGGCUCUGGACCGCCAGCAUGACGUGCAACCCUGUUGACUGCGGUCCGACGCCAGACCUGCCAAACAACACCGUCGCAGACUGUUCCGCAAGCACCGUCUAUGGCGGACAGCCCUGCCACGCAGCGUGUGCACCAGGGUACGAGACAACACAAGAAUCAGAGGACGGCAUCUACACGUGCACAGCUGACGGAGAGUGGGUCGGCGAAAUUUCUUGCACAAGAAAAGAUUGUGGCACGACAAUCGCAGAUUUGCCAGUGAACGCCAGCGCAAAUGAGUGUGGUGGUGACACGGCUUUCGGUGGCGACGACUGCGAGGCGAGCUGCGAUGCCGGGUAUGAGCCUGUGUCUGGCACGUCGACGACGUUUACGUGCGGCACUGAUGGCAUGUGGCAGGGCGACCUUGCGUGCCAGCCUGUUGACUGCGGGUCGACGAUCACUGUGACGAACGGUGGUGCGACGUGCAGCGGCAGCACGGUGUACACUGGCGACGACUGCGAGGCGAGCUGCGAUGCCGGGUAUGAGCCUGUGUCUGGCACGUCGACGACGUUUACGUGUGGCACUGACGGCAUGUGGCAGGGCGACCUUGCGUGCCAGCCUGUUGACUGCGGGUCACUCUCAGAUUUCAUUUCUGACGCAUUUGCAAGUGUGAACUGCGCGUCGUCGACUUUCACAUCCACCUGCUCUGCCACUUGUGUCCCGGGCUACGAGCCCUCACCCGAAUCAAAUGUGUCAUCCACUGACUCGGCAGUUGCUGAAUUCACCUGUGGUCCGUUUGGAUCAUGGCAGGGGGCGCUUGACUGUGUGCACAUCUCUUGUGGGAGCAUCUCCGAUGCGCUUGCUGAUGAGUUUGUGACACUUGCCAGCGAUAGCGAAGAAUGUGCUCUUGACGGCAACCGGUGUCCUGCCGCCAACGUCACUUGUCCACCUGGGUAUGAGCUGUCGACUGGUGGCAGCGUGCACACAAUGACGUGCAAGAUUGAUGGUGCUUGGAGCGAGAGCCCGACGUGCCAGCGCGUCAGCUGCGGGCCGUUCGUGCCUAACCUUGAUCCCGAGGCCCAGCAGGACGCGUGUCUUGAUUUCCGCUUUGGAGACGUAUGCGAAAUUGGAUGCCGGGCGGGCUAUGUGUCCAAUGGCGAUGCAGAUCAGGGCGUCUUUACUUGUGAUGAGACUGGCGAGUGGCAAGGCACUUUGACAUGCGAUCCCGUUGACUGUGGUCCAAUGCCGUCUGGGCUGCCGGACAACAUUACGUCCCAGUGCUCUAACACCAAGCUUGGCGAUACCUGUGAGCUGUCUUGCGACGCACCCUUCUUCACCAAAGGCUCGAACAUGUUCAAGUGCACGGAGCAAGGGGUAUGGAUUGGCGGAUGCGACCUCGAGUGCCUCGCCUUUGAUGUUGCCACUCAGGUUGGCGAUUCUGUGUUUGCCUUCAUCGAGACUCCCAUGACGUUUAGCAAGGCACAGGUCAACUGCCUUGAGCUCGGUGGCAACCUGGCGAGCGUCAGCAACGAUGCAGAGAAUGAUGCCAUCUUCAACCUCAACCCUGUUAUUGAGGCGCGGUGGCUUGGCGGGUUUGUGCCAGAGGGUGAUGAGCACUCUGCUGCUGCGUUCCAGUGGGUGGAUGGUUCUUCCUUCAACUAUACCAACUGGGCUUCUGGCGAGCCGAAUGAUUACCUGCAGAAGGAAGACUGCACAAGCAUGCACACUUUGUCCGGUCGCAAUGCCUUGGCUGGAGAGUGGAACGACGUCUCCUGUACUGCCAAGAUCCCAUCAGUGUGUGAAAUCAAUGUGGCAUAUCACGGUGCGGAUCCGUACUCCUGCGAUGCCCCGUUCGAGUUGGCAUUUUCGUCUGAGGGCUUUUUCAACCCUGGCUUCCGGUUCAGCACGGCAUUUGAGCCGUCGGCCCAGGAGUUUGAGGUGACGUACUCGGACACGGACAGCAUUACGGCGUACUCUGCUUGCUCCGACCACUGCCUGCAGAAUACGGCGUGUGUCGGUUUCUACCUACAGACGCAAGGAGACUCGUUCCUGUGCAUUGGGUUGAAUGAUCUCGGGUACGCGCAGCAGACGACCGUGACUUCGUCCAGCUACGCCCGCACUGGCUAUCCUGUGCCUGGCACCACCUCGACCACCACGACGACCACCACGACGACGUCUGCGUAUGCAUGCACAGAGUAUGCGGGCUUCACGAUUGAGAUGGUGGCGAACGCCGACUGCCAGGUCCCCGGUGACGGUGAUCUCGUCACCAGCGCUUACUCCAACCCGCUGUUCCACAUUGGCACGUACGCUGAUGGCGAAGUUGAUCAGUGCGUGAGUGACUGCAGCAGUGACAGCGAAUGCCUGCUGUUUGUGGUCGAGUACGUUGAUGAUGAGGAGCGCUGCACGACGCUGCGGUAUCUGGGCAUCGAAGAGGAGACGGGCCUGCGCGUCGUCACCUACCACAAGCAGCAGUAGAGCGCAGCCAGUGCAUCAGUACCUGUCCGCUUGACACUGCUCACUUGGUUUUGUUGUUUAUGUUGUUAGUUUGUUGUCAAAGAAGUGUCUGAAGGUAGUGAGUUAUGCUGUGGUUGGUUGUGUGGCUGGCUGCUGACCGUUGCUUUUCAAUUGUAUGUUGGGUGCUUGUUCACCUAUGACGCACGUUCUUCAUGUGCACGUUCAAUCUUGCUGUCUCUCGGUGUGUGUGUGCGUGUGCGUGUGUCUUCUUGUUCGUCUUUGUAUUGCGGCAAAGUGCAACGCAAUAAAUUGUGCCCUUUGCAAA